UGCGGCAUAGUGUUAAAAGUUAAAAUGAUAAUAACCAAAUGAUCCACUUUGAGCAUGUUCUGCCUUUAGAUUUGAGAGGGCUGAGAGCAGAUAACUCGGCCAUGGAGAAACAAGUCUUAAAUCCAGAAGGAAGACUAGAAGCAGCUGGAAAAACCCCCUCUGCAAUCCAGCCUCAGUUUACGUCUGAAGAAGGAGGAUGGGGCGCAUUUGAGAGGAACGAGAGGGCCCCGUUUGUUGGGAUGGAGGAGCGCUGGGAGACACAAUGGCAGCAGUUCCUCAAGACACUGCAGCCGGUUCACCCAGGAGGUGACAAGUCCAAGAUGUCGGAAGCUUCUCCCUGGGAAGACCCCAAGGUCUUCCUGGCCUCCUUUGAGCAGGUGGCCCAAGCCUGCCGGUGGCCCAGAGAAAAGUGGGUGGCUUGUCUCCUGCCAGCCUUAAGCGGAGAAGCCGAAGAGGCCUUUCAGAAGCUGGAAAUGGGAGAACGGAAGAACUAUGGGAAGGUGAAGGCCGCCAUCUUGAAAGGGGAAGCCACCAAAAUGGAGGCCCAGCGUCAACGCUUCAGGCGGUUCUGCUGCCAGGAGGUAGAAGACCCACGAAGGGUUCAGAGCCAACUUCAGGAGCUUUGCUGCCAGUGGCUGAAACCGCAGAGGCGCUCCAAAGAGCAGAUCCUGGAGCUCUUAAUCCUGGAGCAAUUCCUGGCCAGCUUGCCUCCGAAGCUCCAGAGCUGGGUUCAAGUGAGAAGACCCGAGACGUCUUCCCAGGCGGUGGUCCUGGUGGAGGACUUCCUGAGGAACCAACAAGACGCCAAAUCAGGGUCGUACCAGGGCUCAAUGAAUGAAGAACAUGUCGAUUUCUUAUAUUCAGAGAAAGAGACCUUGGAGGCUGUGAAGAGAGAAAAUGAAGAAGUGGAGAUCAGCAUGCUGGGACCUGAAAUCAAAUCCUCGAGCCACCCCAGCCCAUUAUUUCCUUCCGAAAGAUUUGGGAUGGCCCAAACAACAGUGAGAGAGGCAUUCAUGGGUCUGAAGGAGACAGAGGCGUCUUUGCAGGCCACCGAGGGGAAGACGACACAGCCACUUCAACCACUGGUCGCCUGGCAAGUCCUGCAGGAGGAAGAGGAGAACGUAGGUCGUUUAGAGAGCAGACUGGAAACAGAAUUCAAAAUGGAGAAUUCUGAGAAUCGAGGAGAGGAAUCAGAGUCAACAUGCGGGAGAGAUCGAGAGUUUAGUUCUGGGAAUCUCCCAGUAAAAGUAGAAAUGGUGGAAGAAGACUACAAGUUGAGAGAGCAGCAGCGGAAGCCCACCGUGGGGUGUGAGAACCAACAUAUUUUGUUACAACAGGAAUUUACUCCUGCUAUUACUGCUGAAAAGGCCGCUAUUUCCAAGGAGAAUAAUAUGUCUUUGUUCUCCCAGUACGAUAGAAGAUACUUCUACCACGUGGAGCUGAAUGAGGUGCCUUCUACGGAUAAAUUAGAGCAAUACCCUCAGUGGUUUGAGGACAGCUGCCAGCGUACUUCAAGCACCAGUCCAAAAGAGAGAAAUCUCAUCAUUGAGAAAAGGUUUGAAAUCUCUGGGAACGCAGGGGUUAAUAACGCGAGCGCCCACCCAAGCAGCCAUCUUGGAGAAACAGGUAACUCUUCUGAACGCGCCAACAGCGGCGUCAACUCUCUCAGCAAAAUCCCCGCUGGCAAAACUGAAGAAGGAUGGUACGAAUGUUCCCAGUGCGGGAAAUGCUUCAAUAAAGCCAAAUACUGGAAGCAGCACCAGAAAAUACACACCGGGGAGAAGCCGUACAAAUGUUCCCACUGCGGGAAAUGCUUCAACCAGUCGGGCAACCUGAAGACCCAUCAAAGGAUUCACACCGGAGAGAGACCCUACAAAUGUUCGCAGUGCGGGAAAUGCUUCAGUCACACCAACUGUUUGAAGAUACACGAGAGGAUUCACACCGGCGAGACCUACAAAUGUUCCCAGUGCGGAAAAUGCUUCCGAGAGACGGGGAUUUUGAAGAGGCAUCUCCGAAUCCACACGGGGGAGACGCCGUACAAGUGUUCGCAGUGCGGGAAAGGCUUCAACCUGAUGGGCACAUUGAGGAAACACCAGCGCAUUCACACCGGAGAGAAACCGUACAAAUGUUCCCACUGUGACAAAUGCUUCCGGGAAACAGGGAUUCUGAAGAGACAUCAACGGACUCACACCGGAGAGAGACCGUACAAAUGUUCUCAGUGCGGGAAAUGCUUUACCCAUACCAACGUUUUGAAGAUACACCAGAGGAUCCACACUGGGGAGACGCCGUACAAAUGUACCCAGUGUGGCAAAAGCUUCAGUCAGAUGGGAAAUUUGAAAACCCACCAGAGAAUUCAUGCUAGAGACAACCUGAAUAUGGCACAAGAUGUUCCCUUUGUGAAGGACCACACAAAUGCCCCCCAUUUGGGGAAGACGCCGGGGAAGUCAGAAUUUUGAGGAGAGGUUAAUGAG